CGAGUGGUUGUUGUGAUACAAGAUGAAUUACGAAGAUUACAUGAAAAUUUGUCGGUUUUUAGUCAUCGAUGUGUACCAUUUAAAAUGUUUGCAGUUUGUAGUACUUUUGUCCAAACUAAGUGCAAUGUUUUUGGUGAUCGUUCAAACUUAUCAAUUUUUGGCUCGAUUCGAAGUCGAUUAUUUCGUUCAGGAUGGGCCGUCAUAUUUCAUCGGACUAUAUGUACUAACCUGUCUAUUAGCACAACCUUUGGUAACAGAGACAGUAGAAUCGAUAGCAGAAAGCGUGGAGCAAAACACUUCGCAAAACAUCAUCAAAUCCGUUCCAAAAAGAGCAAGAAAAAGUGCCUUCUACUUCUUCAUCUAUGUGGUCUGGACUACGAUGACUUCCGUACUAGUGGCAAUUUCGUUAAUGAUUCCAACCAAAGACGACGAUGAUUUUUUCUUUCUUUUCAAACUAGCAAACAUGUACCUGCCAAAAUGGAGCAAUUUUUUUAAAUUUCUUUACAGGUGUUUAGCUAUGCCCUUAACGUACGUGGGCGCGACUAUAGCUUGCUUCAACAUAUUGUACUCAUUUCAAAUUGUUAAUCUUCAAGUUCAGAGGUACCAGCAACAAAUAAAAAAAAUUAAUGCUACAAAAGCAACGAACCAGAACGAAAUCACCAGAAAUUUGAAAAGUUUGCUAAAUUCGUUUUCAUUCAGCGAGAAUAGUGCCUGGGAGGCAGCAAAACGAAUGCAGUUUAUAGUUUUGCCGCUGAAAAUCAUGGGUUCUGCGCUCAUGAUGAGCAUCGUUGUCUUUUAUUUUUGGUUUGAGGGUUCCCUAAGGGAUCAGUACUUUCGUAUCUGCGCCAUCACAAUUAUGUCGUUUACUGCACUAUUGGGAACUGCAUGGGGUGGCCAAGCUAUCGAAGAUUAUAAGACUGAAAUAUUCAACGCUUUAGUUGAAGUCGAGUGGUACGUCUGGGACGAAUUCAACAAGAAAAUGUAUUUGAUGCUGCUGAUAUCUUUGUCGAAACCGAUUAAAAUAAAAUUUUCCGAAAAUAUUUCCGUUAACUACGAAAUGGGGGUCCAGAUGGCAAAAACUUUUUUCUCUAUGAUUUCCGUGAUGGAGAGACUGCAUAAAUCAAAGUCGGGCAGUUUCUGAAUGGGCGUUUUUAUCUCGAAUUUUGGGACUAACUGACUUUCAACUUAUUUGUAGCUAUAGUUGCUUAAAACUUUGUUAAAUAAUUGUUUGUAUUUUAGUAACUAUUUUCCUGAGCAGU